UUGUUGGUGUAGGGAGAGAGAGGGAGGGAGAGCGCGGCGGCACAUCGCUACGUCCGGAACACCAGCCGAGGGAAAUAUUCACCUGUGCGCCUCCGGGACGAAUUCACGGGGAUUUUCAUUCAUUUUACUCCGUCUUAAAAGCGCACUAAAGGACGCAAACCACGAUCCCCGUCGGACCCCUGAUCUUGUCCCGCUGCCACGCAAGUUUUUUUUUUUCUUUCUUUCGGUUUUUUUAAUGACUUGAGAUUUUCCACAGAAACUGACCCGCGUUUGAAGGCGCUGUUGCGAUUUUGCUUCUCUUUCGGAGGGACCGAGCGCCCGGUUUCAUACAGAGGACCGUAAUCAACCAUGGCGAGACAUGACGCCCGAAACUGGCGUGACUGCUUCAAAAUGAGCGGACUGCUGAGCCUGGUCGCGUCGCUGCUUCUUCUCCACGGAGCGUCAGGUCAGCGGGUGAAGGUGGAGCCAGAGGUGUUGUCGUAUCCCGGCCAGACAGUCAACCUGCGCUGUGCCUUCACCGAUGCCACAGGGAUUCAGCUCACAAUGGUCACGUGGAUCUACGAACCGAAGGAGGGAGAAAGGAUCAACAUCGCUGUGUUUCACCCCAACUUUGAUCCCAACUACCCCGAUUCGCCCGUGAAGGGCAGAGUCAGCUUCACACCCAGUCCCCCAAACCUGGACAGCCCUUCAAUCCAGAUCAGCAAUGUGAGGAUGACCGAUGAGGGGAAGUACAUCUGCGAAUAUGCUACCUACCCCAGUGGCAACGAGCAAGGCAUCACAUAUCUGGUCAUGCUGGCUAAGCCCCAGAACUCGGCCUCCAUCGUAACAGUGGCAGCGGGCACUAAGCCGGUCGUCGUAGCACGCUGUGAGUCUGUGGAUGGCCGCCCCGCUGCCGGGAUCACCUGGGUGUCAACGGCCAAUGGCAACGCGACGACGGUGACCAAGCCGGGUACCGACAACACCGUUACCGUGAGCAGCGAGUACCGCAUGGUUCCCACAGCAGCAGACAACGGGAAAGACAUCAGCUGUGUGGUGACUCACAGGACCCAGGUCAAACCAGAGAGCUUCCCGUUGAAGCUAGCAGUUCAGUACGCCCCUCAGGUGACAAUAGUAGGUUAUGACAAUAAUUGGUACUUGGGUCGUACAAAUGUGGUGCUCACCUGCCAGGCCACCGGAAACCCCGUCCCGCUCUCCGUCCAGUGGAAAGCUAUGUCAGGAGAGAUGCCAGACACGGUGCAGAUCACGGGCAAGGAGCUGAAGGUACUGAAGGUGGACGACGCGGUCAACACCACUUUUGUCUGUGAGGUCAAGAACCGCAUGGGGAUCGGCAGGGACCAGGUCACAGCCAUAGUCAGAGGUAAUCGUCUUCCAGAGAAGGGUCCGACUACAGGCAGCAUCAUAGGGGCCAUCAUUGGAGUCAUAAUCCUGAUGGCCAUCAUUGGAACAGCCAUAGCGAUGUACCGCAAACACCGUAACAACAAACUCAACGGAGAGGGUCCACCCAAGCACAAGCCCCCACCUCCGAAGAAGAACAACAGCUCUGCCAACAGGCAGCUGAACACAAGUUCUGCUCCGGUGCCCGAGGACAGGCCGCUGCAGACCCAGUACUACAGUACCCAGAGUGCCGAGCCAGUCACGGACCUGGAUGCCUAUCAUGAUGAGGAGGAUUAUGGUGAAGAUGAGAGAGAGCAUUAUUACUCUGCUGCCCCCUCUGGCUGGGAUGAUCCUGCAAACAGCGAGGUCCCGCCUCCCUACAUGCGCACAGACAGCGACCCCCAGGACUACCAUCAGGGCCCCAAUGUCAACCGUGGGGAUAGCUUCGUGUCGUCCGCCAUGUUUGUGUGAGACGGCACGGAGAGGACGUGUGUGUGUGUGUUUGUGUGUGUGUGUGUGUGUAAAUAUGCGUACAUGUGUGAGUGCAUGACUGGGUGGGGGAAAAAUGUCUGCAGGCUUAAAUGAUGGAGAAAUAACUUGAGCUCUGUGACUUGUGAAUGUGAACAUUUUAUGCUUAGCUAUGACUUUUCAUGUCCGUGCUGCAGAGACAGAGUCCUGCUCUGUCUUUUUCUUUAAGGAUAUUUAUCUGCUACCAGGUUACUUGUAGUACACUAUGAAAUCAUCAGGUUCAGUUUCAGCACUGAACUGCCUUGCAUUACUGAAUGUGGAGCUGUCACACACAUUAUUUUUACUGGCAUGCCUUGGUUAGCAGAAGCACAAUAUGUGGGUGUUACAUGUUACCUCUGUCUAGUCGUAUCUGUAUGCUGUUGUUGGUUUCCAAACCCAACUGGCACAUAGUCGGUGUUAAACAGGCGCCCUGUGGAGAAGCUUUUAGUUGCAGUUAAUCGUGCAGCGCCGAGACCAGACUCACAGACCGUGACUGCAUCAGGGUGUAAACAACAGCGAGGGGGGUUAACUGCUGGAGCAAUGCUACAUUUGUGUUAAUAUUUGUGUUUGAUUUGAAUAGUUUUUUUUUUAUUAUCUUUUAAGUGACUUCUGCAUCUGGCCUUUGCCUUCCUUGUGAAAAUUCAGAGACACGUAGCUCACCUCAGGUGGAAGGGAACAGAACUUAAUAGCUACUGAUUGAUCAAACUUGAUUGGCCUUUAGCCACUUCUAGCUGUAACAUGUGAUUUAUUUUUUUGUUUUACUUGCAUCCAUCCUUAAAGCCAUACUACAACAGCUAUUGGCUGAAGACCGACUAGCUAUCUGUUACUUUUAAACACUGAAAACUUUUGUGCCUAUUUUUUUUAUAUAUUUCACUUUGUCUACCAGCAUGUUCAGAUGGAUUAGGAUAAAUCUGGAUUAUGUCCAUGAAAUCUGUCUCAAUUCAUCUCUCUAGUGGAGGAUUAAGUGGUUCUUUAUGGAGUUCAAACUGGGGUUGACACAGAGCCUGCUAGUAGACUGAUAUGUCCAUCCACUAUCAGGGACAAGGGUUAAACGGGUCUGUAAAGUUACGAUUAUUUUCUACUUGCUCAUAAACCCGAAGGUUUCUGUGUGUGUGUCAGUGCCAACCAGUUCAUUUUAUCAAAUAAUCUUUUGAAACAGAUUUUUAUUUUCUCUUUUAUUGAAUGAUGUUGAUUUUAAUCUGUUUUACUCUUCAUUAAUUGUAUUUUCAAAGUCGUCUUGUUGAUUCAAUAAACAGUUAAAUCGUGAUCCUGA